AUGAAACAGAUGAGGAAACAUGCUGCCCAAGUUCAGGUUCUGAAGAACGUUUUCCGUGAGAUCGAUGAGAAGUCCAACAAAUCAAUCACCAUGGAAGAUUUGGAGGAAGCGAUGUCAGCUCACAAGUUGUCCAGCUUCCUCCAAUCCAUGGGCAUUGACACCGAAGAUGUGAUGACACUUUUCCAGAUUAUCGACUCGGAUGGCAGCGGAUUUAUAGAUGUGGACGAAUUUGUCACGGGCUGCAUGAGGUUGCAUGGUCCAGCGAAAAGCCUGGAUGUGGCAAAGAUGGGCUUUGAGAAUCAGAUCACCAAGGAGGCGAUCAAAGAUGUAGACGACACCCUGCAGAUCAUGAAGGAGCAGCUUUCAACGCUGUUGCAGAGACAAAAGAUGCCAGUGGAGACAAAUUCGAGCUUUGCCGUAUCUCACACCAAUCGUGCUCGCCAGCCAUACUUGAGUGCUCAGAGCAAGAAGCAACUUCGAUUGCCCAUUGGAUUGUAUGACUGGGAUUGGUUCGACAUGGUUCGAACAUACUUCAAGAAACGGGUGGUGCUGGAAGGAACAGCUCUCAAGGAUGCGAGCACAUCAGGGCAUGCUGCCUUAUCGGAGAAGGCCACUGCCAUCACAAAUCUCUUGCAACAACACAUCGAGGAAGUGAACUGCACGUGGGCAAGGGUGGUAGUUGGUGCUGGAGAACCUGUCGCAAGACUUGGCUCCUUCUGGAAACUGGCAGAUGAUGAAGUAGGCCCUGCUUGUGGCUGGGGCAGUGCGAAGUUUCCAGCUCGUGAGGGGGAGGCAAAGUCCGUUGCAGUGCCCAUUCAAUCAUCAGCCUUUGUUUUCGAGCGCCUGACCUUUGCCUCGCAAAGUCUGGCAUCGGCCAAGUUGAAAGGCAGCACACCCGCAGCGGCUGCUUUGAAAGCAGCACUUGCCGAGUGCUUUGCAGCAGCCUACGAGGACAAACCAUCCGACCUAGCUCGAUUGAAGCGGUCAGGAAUGUCACACCUCCUUCAGUGGCUCUUUGACCUGAACUUUCUGCACCUUGCACUUGCGGCAGCGGCUUCACCUGGCGCUGCCGCCCUGCAGAUGCUGCGAGGGCUGCUGGCUCAAACCGAGUCGAUCGCUUUCUCGGACCCUGUGGAUCGAGUGUUGUACCAAGAUUUGCUGAAGGCAUCGGUCAACAAUCAUGUGCAAGAGACCAAAGUGUUGCUUGCACCUUUCUUCACACACAAGCCAUCGUUUGUGUCUCAGGCACAGCCUGGGGUGGGCAGAUCCAAUAGCAACAGUAAACCUGGCUUGACUGCUCCAGGCAUUACAGGUGAUGAAAAUGAGGGAUUCGAGCUUCAGACGAGCUACACGGCGCCGCUGCGGCCAGUUCUGCCUCGCUUUCCCCUGCUGCCAGUGGCAAUGAGUCUUGGUUCUUCUUGUUCUUGA